AUGUCGGCCCUUGCCUCCUCCUCCUCCAGCAACGGCAAUAGCCACAAUAACAAGCGAGGAGCGUACGACCCUUCAUCGGGAUCAUCCAACUCUUCCCCUUCCACGACCUCCGCUUUCACUUCUUCCUCAUAUAACAACAACAAAGCAUCAUCAUCACCAGCGGCUUCAGCGUCGACCUUGUCUGGGUUCCAGCGGACGCCAGUCCAUGCGACGAUACCCAAGCCGAAAAAGUACAUUGGCCACUAUGAUAUUGCCGACAGGACCUUCCAACUACUCUCCCGGCACCGCGCGGCUGCCUGCAUCUUGUUUUGGUCCCUGACCAUCCUUCUCGACAUCCUGCUGCAGCUGCCUAUCGAGUGGUUCUUCCUCUUCUACUUUAUCCUCGCCCUAGUCUUUCGCAUCUUCUUCAUCGGCGGGCCCAUCGUCCUCAUCUCCAUCGGAGCCAUGUGCCUCGCCAACGCCUUUGUUUUCUACACCGUCCCCUUCAGUUUCACGUCGCCCUUUGCUACAGGAGUCGCCUUUGGCCUCAUGGUCAGUCUGAUCCACGGCCUCAACCUCAAGGGCGUCAUCCUCGCCAUGACCAUGUACAUGCUCAAGCCAUACCUCGAACGGCAGACCCUCAUCGCUGCCUUGAACCCACCGACGGUUCCCUCAAUCGUCUUUCUGGCACCGCUGGCAGCCUUUUGUUCAGCCUUUGGUGUCCUUUGGCUCCUUUACGAUCUCUUUGGAUACCUUCAUGCUUCAACAGACGACCUUCGGGACUUUUUCGGGAUUACGCUACCGGCACCAUCACUCGUUACCCUCAAGGAGGUCAAGGACAGGAGUAUCACCCUCAAUUGGCAAUGCUCUUCCCAGGCAACCAUCUCGAAACACUUGAUUGAAAUCGAUGGCUUGUUGAUUGGCGAGAGUGGAAAGCAGGAGACCAGCGUCGUAAUCCAGGGGCUCUACCCAGACAACACCUAUCGGAUCCGACUCUGGGCUAUUACUACCCGUAACUGGAAAACCCCUAGCGACUAUGUCGUCGUUCGGACACUAGCGUCCGUCCCUAUCGAACUUGAGCUCAGCUCUGUAGAGAGCGCUCGACGGGAAAGUGAACUGGCAAAGAAAUCUAUUGAGGAGAACAAGGAUCCGCAGCACACGACCAAGGUUCAGGGUCUAGAAAAUUCAACAGCUAGUCAGGAGGACAGUGCGAGUACGGAAAAGUCCGAGACGACUGCGCCAGCUCAAGAUCCAGGCAGCCUCUUCAGCAACGGGAAUACGUCAGCUUCUAGCCUGAGUUCGUCUGUGACUGCAACUGCCUCAGCCAACAUCAACAAUAACAGCACCCCGACAAGUCCCCCCAGCGCCACCGUCCAUGUCAUUGCGUCUGCAGAACAAGUGGCACCUAUUCCGACGGCAGCAGUUGUGACAGAUGAGCAGAUUGCUGCGCUGAGGAUCGAGCUGGAGGAAAAGGAGUCUUCUCAUGCCAUGCUGAACCAACAGUUCACCAAUCUCGAGAAGCAGUACAGGCAACAGGAGGAAAACCUCAAGAACGAGAUUGCUGCGCUUCGGGAACAACAGAAACAGGAGGAUGAACCCCGUCAGCAUGCCAAGACCAAGCUUAAGGAACUGCAGGACAGUCUUCGGGAGGCCGAAGUCAACAAGAGCAAGGUCGAGAAGGAACAUCGAAUGGAGGUCGACAAGCGACAGAGGAUAGCUGGACAACUCGAGGCCAAGCAGAGGAAAGUCGAGAAUUUGCAGCAGACCCUCAAGCAGAGCGAGGAGAAACUCAAGGUGGAGAAAGAGUCUCACCGGAAACAACGGCUCGAGCUUGAGGCUAACCUCAAGAGACGACAGGAGGAAGUGGCGGCGACCGAGUCGUCCCUCAAGGCAUUGCAGGCGUCCCAGAAAACACUCUGCAGCACCAUAGAGGCCAAGGAGGUGGAACUUUCGCAGCUUCAAGCAUCGCUUCAGUCGCCCAAGGAACAUCUCAUCUGGGAGCAAAAGAGCAAGGAUUUGGAUGUCAAGUGUGCUCUUCUUGCCGAGGAAGUUGCUCAGUACAAACAAGAAAACCAGCAAUUGCAGGAACGUUUGGCAGAGGCAACUAAGAACGUCAUCAAGGUCCGCGCCGCUCAUGACCACCGCAAAGCUCAGGCAGAGCUGAGAAAGGCCAACGCUCGGGUCUCGCCUGAUGAAAGCCAUGCGACCGCUGCCUCUCCACUCCCGGAACUCCAGCAUCAGGGUCAUGGAUCGAGCUGGAUGAAUGCUGGAUGGAACCAGAGCCCCGGCACCAAGAUCUUGAACGGACUGUUUCAGGACGAUCCGGCCCUGCCUGAUGUGAGACCUUCACCCGCGCGGAAGAUGACUGGCCCACCACCCGGUCUGACCCGCAGAGAUUCUUCGCCCUUGGAUCCUGGCUCGGCCUUGAUGAUGGAUGGUGUUCUUUCAAGAUAUGGACGGGACGGCAAGGAAACUGGACUGCAAGGUGCAAUUGGUACCUCUGGAUCACCCUCGAUGAUCAACAGCCAAGCCAUUGUCGGACCGCCCAAGACGCAGCAGCGUCUUAAGUCAGGCUGGGGUGCGCGCCCAAGGUCCUCUUCUAUCAUGUCGUCUGAGUACCUUUUAGUUGACGGGGGCUCGGGAUCAUCUUCGUCAUCAGCCUCUGCAACAACAGUACCAGGAGCAGGAACAAAUGUCUUUGGAGAAGAGUCGUCGGACCCGCGUCAAGGAACACGCUCAAGGACGUCCUCCAUUUCGUCCUUUAAUGGAUUCCAGUCGCCAUUGUUUGAUUCGCCGUUUGCCUUUUCGAAUCAUGCAUACCAGUCCCAUCAGGAUACCAACGCCAGCAAUCAACCGUAUCAGCAGUACCAACAGAACCGGCAGUCGACUCUCCACAAUGGCUCUCAGAAGCCACAGACUCAUGGCGUGAGCCCUCGUACUCGCUUUCAAGGAAUUGGAUCCUCACAUUCGCCUCCUAUCCCGCAUGCUCCUUCUCCCUGGGGCGCCGCCGGAUCCAGUGCGCUCAAGAACGUAUCUGGACCCAUCGCUGCACCCGUUGGGGCAGGCGGCCGCUCGCCAUUGGUAGAUCUGGACACCAAGGGAUCUACGAAUGCGACUUCUAGCCCUACGUUCAACUAUCACAACUUUUUCGGGCCACCUUCGAUCUCGACUGAUACUCUUGGAUAUGAGGGCAACAGCAGCCUGAAUAACCAUCAAAUGAACGAACAGAAUGUGAUCAAGUCGAUGUUCGAGUCGCCCGAUACCUUGGACCUUCGCCAUCAUCUACGGACAGUCGGAAGCCAUUCCUCGCUGGGAACUCAGGCCAAAAUUCUGCCUUCCCACCUUCGAUCGAUCUCGACUCCUGGAACGUCCUCGCCUUUGUCGUCACCAACUACUGCUACCCACGCACCCUUCCAACAUUGGGAUCAUCGUGUCAUUGGCAGACCAGGCUCGCUGGGCAGGAUGAACAGCCAGGCUGAGGGUAGUUCCAGUUCGCUGAACAUUUCGGACACUUCUUCGCCAACCUCCCCCCAUGGAGCGACCUCGUUCUCACAGAGCAAUGCGUCGUCGGCAUUUGGUCCUCGAAAGACUCUACCCGCUGACCGCGGUUUCUGGGGCGGACCUGGUACGGGAUCAGGAUAUGGAGGUGUUUCGAUGGAGAACGGUAUUCUUCCCAGUCCUACAGGAUCAUCUGGAUCGUCGCUGGAUAUGGGUACACCCUUGCCAGUCGAUGCACAUGCGUUUGCGGACCAGUACUUCAGCAACCGUGGCCACCGUGGAUACGAGACACCUUCGUCGUUGUCGUCUGCUGGGUUCUUGUCGUCAUUGAAGCACCCGUUGUCGACCUCGUCUGCCGUGGAUAACACCGGAGCCCCCAAGGCGUCAUCUGUGGCACCAGGACUUGGGUAUGGUCAACAGCAUCACAACCAGGAUCAAAGCCAAGGAUACGGACAUGGGUUCGGCCAAGGCUCACGAACACUCCAACAGUCCACCAGCGGCUCUGCGCUUGGAUCCACGAACAAUGCUACUACAGGAGGAUCUGAGGCGGAUGUGUUUGGAUAUGGUCUACAGUUCAAUCCGUUUGGGUGGACCAUGCCUACUGGAGGAUUUGACGACCGAUCGACUUCAACUGUCACAGAGGAGCAGCAACAGCAACAGGAUAAAGACAAGUUGCAUGGUGGCCUCUAG